GCUGUCCUCGUCUCUGAGAGUGUCUAUUUGUGAAUGUGAGAGCAGAGAGUGGAGACAGAGAGAGGCAGAGAAGCACGAUGGCUGCAGUCACAUGGAUUCAAAUGUCUUCAUUUCUGCUGCUGAUGCUUCAGGUUAAAGCAGCAACAACAGGAAACACUUUGUCCUCCUUCACUGUCAGAGCUGGACACGACACCAGUUUGUCCUGUGAAAAUGUGAUAGAUGGUCAACAAAACUGCUUCAGUACUACCUGGAUGUUCAGUGGUUCAACAGGAGCAGCAGUAGAGCUGGUUGUUCAUGGACAGAUUACAGAGAACACUGAAGCUAAAUCAGACAGACUGAGUGUUGCAGUGAACUGUUCUCUGGUUAUAAAGAAGGUCACAGAUGAUGAUGUCGGUCGUUACACCUGCAGACAGUUCAGAACAAGAGGAGGACAACAAGAAGGAGGAGAUACUGUCGUUUAUCUGUCUGUUAUUCACAUGACUGAACGUGAGAACAAUGAUGAAGUCAUCUUGAACUGCUCUGUGUGGACACAUGAACCCUGCAGACACUCAGUGCAGUGGCUGUUUGAGGGUAAAGAGAACAUGAAGGUGAAAGCAGGUUCCUGCUCUGACACUGUGACAUUUACAAGAUCUCAACUUAAUCAGAAGUCACAGUUUUAUGAGUCACUGAAGUGUAAAGUGACACACGAUCACACUAACAAUGAGCAGCUGUUUCCCUCAAACUCAAGUGAAGAUGCCAAAACAACAACAACAACAACAACAACAACAACAACAAGUACAGCAGCAACAUCUACCACAGAAUCACCAACAUCAGCAUUUACACCAAAGACCUCAGGUUAG